AACCCUCUGCAACCUCGUCGCUCUGCCGCUCCAGCGUCGCCAGCCACCGCCACCAUGACCACAGCGUCUCCCUCGCAAGUGCGCCAGAACUACCACCAGGACUCGGAGGCUGCCAUCAACCGCCAGAUCAACCUGGAACUGUAUGCCUCCUACGUCUACCUGUCUAUGUCUUGCUACUUCGACCGGGAUGAUGUGGCUCUGAGGAACUUUGCCAAAUACUUUCUCCACCAAUCUCAUGAGGAAAGGGAACACGCUGAGAAACUGAUGACGCUGCAGAACGAGCGAGGCGGCCGGAUCUUCCUGCAGGAUAUCAAGAAACCAGACCGUGAUGACUGGGAGAACGGGCUGAAUGCAAUGGAGUGUGCACUGCACCUGGAAAAGAGUGUGAAUCAGUCACUCCUGGAACUGCACAAACUGGCUACUGACAAAAAGGACCCCCACUUGUGUGACUUCAUUGAGACGUAUUACCUGAAUGAGCAGGUGAAAUCCAUCAAGGAACUGGGUGACCACGUGACCACCUUGCGCAAGAUGGGAGCCCCUGAAGCUGGCAUGGCAGAACAUCUGUUUGACAAGCACACUCUGGGACACAGUAAUCAGAGCUAA